AACAAACAGAAUUGCUUUCUCAAUCAUUAUAUGUUGAGAUUGAUAUGGUGUUCAAAAGAAUUCACGGUGCUACAAAUGAGUGGAAAAUUUGUGCAUAUGUUCAUCGUUAUCAAAAAGCGCUUAUUAUUGCACGAGUUUUUACAAAUUUUCAAUCAGCUAAAGCAUAUCAAUAUUUAUUCGAGGAUUUGUUUGAUAUUGUUGAAAAUGAUAUGUACAAGCCAUUUGAAUUUCAGCACAUUCAUGGUCGUGGAUUAGGCUGUAUAAUUGUGGAUGAACAUCAAGGACAAGCACUUG